AAGCAUUGGGUUUCUUGAGAUCUCAUUUUCCUCUUAAUUUAUGCAGCAUCUCUGUCCUCCAAAGGAGGAAAAAUAUCUCAUUAGUCAAGAUGGUAGGGAUCGGUGAAUAUAUUUUUGGCAGUCUGUUUAAUCCAUGACAAGUGUAUUCAAGUGUUUGGCUAUGUGACACCAGUAAAUGCAAGGGAGAUAACAAGUGUUUUGUGUGUGUGUGUGUGUGUGUAAGAAAGGGGCCAUUAGCAUUGGAAACAUAACUCAAUUUUACUACAGCUGUUUCUUAUCUAAUUUGCAGUUCUUCACUCCUGCAUUAUUUAAGAAGCAGCCAAGAGACCCAAAAUCAAGAUCAGUGAGCAGUGGGAAGAGAUGGGUUCCCCCAAAGCUCUCUUCUUCUUUGCUGUUUUGUCCUUCUCAGCUGUGGCUCUCACUAGGAUUGCUUUUGCAGCAGAGAAUGAGCAAGACCCAGGUCUUCUUAUGAACUUCUACAAGGAUUCAUGUCCCCAAGCUGAAGAUAUUAUCAGAGAACAAGUCAAGCUUCUCUACAAGCGCCACAAGAACACUGCAUUCUCCUGGCUCAGGAACAUCUUCCAUGACUGUGCUGUUCAGUCAUGUGAUGCUUCACUUCUACUGGAUUCUACAAGGAGGACCUUAUCUGAGAAGGAGACAGACAGGAGCUUUGGGCUGAGGAACUUCAGAUACCUUGACACCAUAAAAGAAGCUGUAGAAAGGGAGUGCCCUGGAGUUGUUUCUUGUGCAGACAUCCUUGUACUUUCUGCUAGAGAUGGCAUUGUUUCGCUAGGAGGCCCUUACAUCCCUCUCAAGACAGGAAGAAGAGAUGGCAGGAAGAGCAGAGCAGAUGUGGUUGAGCAAUUCCUCCCAGAUCACAAUGAGAGCAUCUCCGUUGUCCUUGAGAGGUUUGCUGCCAUGGGCAUUAAGACCCCUGGAGUUGUUGCCUUGCUAGGAGCUCACAGUGUGGGUCGAACCCAUUGUGUCAAGUUGGUUCAUCGUUUGUACCCAGAGGUGGACCCUGUGCUAAACCCAGAUCAUGUGGAGCACAUGCUCCACAAGUGCCCCGACCCAAUUCCGGACCCAAAGGCUGUGCAGUAUGUGAGGAAUGACCGCGGCACGCCCAUGAAACUGGACAAUAACUACUACAGAAACAUACUGGACAACAAGGGACUGCUGAUUGUGGAUCACCAGCUAGCCAUAGACAAGAGGACAAAGCCAUUUGUGAAGAAAAUGGCUAAGAGCCAAGAUUACUUCUUUAAGGAGUUUGCAAAGGCCAUUGCCAUCCUCUCUGACAACAACCCCCUCACUGGUACAAAUGGUGAGAUCAGAAAGCAGUGCAGUGUGGCCAACAAACACCAUUAGGCCAUUUUGUACCAAAGAAGCCCUUAGACUCUUUUUUCUAUCUAUGAGGAAAGAAGAAAGGGCUAGUGCCAUAAUAAAAUGCUUCUUUUUAAUAGUAUUUGCUUAAUUUUACUGCAGGUCACUGCUUUAAUUUACUGUAAUUUUUUUUUUUGUGAGUUAUUGUGAGGAUGAUGUGGUAAAGGGUAUGGUAGAUAGCAGGAUGAUUAAUGUAUUUAUGGGUGGUGGUGAUGGUAUAUGAUGCAUGGUUUAUAAUAAUGAAGACUAGUUAUGAUUCAUGCAAA